UACAGCAGAACGAUGUACCAUGGAAAUCAGACAGUCUCUGAGUUCAUCCUCCUGGGACUCACAGUGGGUUCUGAACAGGAGCAGUUUAUCUUUCUGCUGUUUCUGUGCAUGUUUCUGGUAACCAUGGUAGGAAACUUACUUAUCAUCUUGGCUGUUAUUAAUGAUGCUCGCCUCCAUAGUCCCAUGUAUUUCUUCCUUGCCAGUCUUUCGUUCACUGACAUUUGUUUCACAACUACUACAAUCCCCAAAAUGUUGGCAGACAUCCAAAGCCAGAGCCCAACCAUCUCCUUUGCAGGAUGUUUUGCACAAAUGUACUUUUUUAUGUUGCUGGUGGACCUGGACAAUUUCCUGUUGGCAGCCAUGGCAUAUGACCGGUACAUUGCCAUCUGUCACCCACUACACUAUGCCGCAUUACUGAGUCCAAAGCGUUGUGCUCUGUUAGUUGUAAUUCCAUGGAUCAUUUCCAACCUUGUCUCAAUAUUGCAUCUCAGUCUAUUGAGCCACUUGACAUUCUGUGAUUGCAGAAAAAUCCCACACUUCUUCUGCGACUUGGAACCCAUUUUAAGACUUGCAUGCUCAGACACCCAGAUCAAUGACUUGACAGUGCUAGUCAUUGGAGGAGCUGUUAUCUUCAUCCCCUUCACCUUCAUCCUUGUUUCCUAUGCCCUUAUUGGUCAUACUGUGCUUGGGGUUCCUUCAGCCAAGGGGAAGUGGAAAACAUUCUCUACUUGCAGAUCUCACCUCUCAGCAGUGACACUCUUCUAUGGAUCCAUUGUUGGAGUCUACUUUCUCCCCUCUUCCACCUACUCAGCAGAAAGGGAUAAGGUGGCUGCCAUCAUGUAUACAAUUGUAACUCCCAUGAUGAACCCUUUCAUUUAUAGUCUAUGGAACAAAGACAUGAAAGGAGCACUGAGAAGACUACUCAGCAGGAAAAUUCUAUAUUUCUAA